UAGUGACUCCGAGUCAUAUGACGGAAAUGAAACUGGCACAGUUUAGCGGAAAGGAUAUAAAACGUCGUCGUAUUACCGAGCUGCCUGUGGGACAUUUGGAAUUUGUGUUGUUCCGUUUCUGGACACACAGUCAGGGGAACUGUAAAUGUGACGCUCCUUCAACAUCCUCAUUCGAGCAGCUGCAGUUUGCGGGGAAGCUCACCUGUCUGUCAUCAUGCUAACCGUGUUUGUUAUUGUCGUUGCUCUUGUUUCUCAAACUGCGGCUCACUACACCCCGGACUGGACGAGCCUGGACGCCAGGCCGUUGCCUUCAUGGUACGACGAAGCCAAACUGGGAAUUUUCAUCCACUGGGGCGUGUUUUCUGUGCCCGGCUUUGGCAGCGAGUGGUUCUGGUGGCACUGGCAGGGCCAGCAGCCCCCGGACCAGAAAUAUGUGAACUACAUGUCCCAGAACUACCCACCAGGCUUCACCUACCCAGAGUUUGCUCGUCAGUUUCACGCGCAGUUCUUCAAUCCGGAUGAGUGGGCGGAUAUUUUCAAAGCUUCUGGUGCAAAGUAUGUGGUCCUGACUGCCAAACACCACGAAGGGUUUACUAACUGGGAGUCUCCAAACUCAUGGAACUGGAAUUCUGUUGAUACUGGUCCUCACAGGGAUCUGGUGGGAGACCUGGCAGAGGCAGUGCGCAACAGGUCACUGCACUAUGGACUCUACAAUUCCUUGUAUGAGUGGUUCCACCCUCUCUAUCUCAUUGACAAGAAGAAUGGCUUCAAAACGCAGGAGUUUGUGCUGCAGAAACUACUUCCAGAGCUUUAUAACAUGGUUGUAAGGUAUCGACCUGAAGUCAUCUGGUCUGACGGAGACUGGGAAGCACCUGACACCUACUGGAACUCUACCGAAUUCUUGGCCUGGCUCUACAACGACAGCCCGGUUAAAGAUACCGUUGUGACUAAUGACCGAUGGGGAGCUGGCUGUGCCUGUAAACAUGGCGGCUACUACAACUGCGAGGACAAGUACACGCCGGGCCAGCUGCCCACACACAAGUGGGAGAAAUGCACAUCUGUGGAUACUCUUUCCUGGGGUUACCGUCGAAACAUGAAGAUGAACGAACUUUUGCCAUUGGCUGCGAUUAUCGAGGAUCUGGUCCGCACUGUGGCUUUUGGGGGUAACUACCUUCUGAAUGUGGGUCCCACACCUGACGGGAUGAUCCCCCCUUUGUUUGAGGAGAGGCUAAGAGGUCUUGGAGACUGGCUGGAGGUCAACGGGCAGGCCAUUUACUCUUCCAAACCCUGGAGGGUGCAGUCAGAAAACACCACUGUACCAGUUUGGUAUACAUCUAAGGGGUUGACAGUCUAUGCCAUCCUAACAGCCAAACCCCCGAUGAGCACAGUGAAACUGCUGGCACCCAAAGCUUCAGCCAUCACACAGGUGUUCUUGGUGGGGAAUCCCACACCUUUAUCUUGGGCCCCAGUCAACCCCGGUGGUGGCCUUGUUGUCCUUUUGCCAGAGCUGCCUUACACUCCUGCUCAGGCAUGGACGCUUGAACUGGACUUAGUGCAGUAAGCCAGCGGUCCCCGACCAGUACCGGUCUGAGGCCCGGUACUGGUCCGUGAGUCGUUUGGUACCGGGCUGCGAGAGUAGAGGCUCGGGUGUGAAAUGUAUGGUUUUCAGGGUUUUUAUCUGUUUUCAGCGUUAUUUUGUUAUCGUUUUUAUGGUUAACUCGGUUUUCCUUGGUCUUUUCAUGUGUGUUAUGAAUAAAUCUUCUUUUUUUUUGGUACCGGUACUAGUUUUAUUUUGUUGUAUUUUUUCCGUGACACCUUAAAGGCCGGUCCGUGAAAAUAUUGUCGGGCAUAAACCGGUCCAUGGCGCAAAAAAGGUUGGACUGCUGCAGUAAGCUACAAACGCCCAAAAUGUUGAAUUAUUUUCAAGUGACUCUACUCAGGUUUUAAUGAUUUUAGAUUAAUGGGGAAACUUACAGUCUGUCUUGAAGGGAGAAUACCGGUGUAAUGAGUUUGUGUGAUUUCGCUUUGAUGCUCUGAAGGCUUAAAGAUUUACUGUCACUGUCUCAGUUGUGUUUGUUUUGUCAUGAGAGAGUGUUUAUGAAUGAAAACGGGAUUCUGCUGUUGAGCUUGUGGAGCUUUUCUGGCAGUUUCUCGGCUAAGUGCCGUUUCAGAAAUGAUUCAUUAUGCCUGCGGUUUGUUUUGAAAAUGAGCAGAUUAUAUACAAAGCACUUAUUUUUUCUACUUGCCUCCUUUUGAAAUUGGUGGAAUAAAAGACAGCUUGAUUCAUCUUCUAA